GGCGCUUGUACGGUCAUGACGUCAUGGUGGGACCAAAGUCAGAAGAUCGUUCGGUACAAAAACAUCAAUGCCUGUAUAACUCCACUUUGCUAUCUUCAUGGUCAUGCUGUUACUACUAUAGAGGGUGUUGGAAGCAACCAGAACGGCUUACACCCACUCCAGGAGACUUUGGUUAGCUGUCACGGAGUCCAGUGUGGAUAUUGUUCCCCUGGUUUUGUCAUGUCUGUUUAUACCCUCACACAGAACAACAGGGCGCCAUCACAAGAAAGACUCGAACAGGCACUGGAAGGUAAUCUUUGUAGAUGCACAGGUUACAGACCGAUCAUCGAGGCUUUUAAACCGUUUUGCAAGGUAUCAUCAAAUUUACAUUUUGACUUUGAAAAAAUAUGCUCUUUUCUCGCUUGCGAGAUAAUGAUAUAACAUCGAAAUAAUAUAAAAUACAAAUAUACAUAUAUGUAUCUUUACCUGCAACAGGCACUUGCUUCAGGAAAUCUCCGAUUCGUGUGUGGCAAUAUGGCGUGGAUCAGACCAACCUCUUUAACCGAAGUUCUAAAUAUAAUGAAUGAUGUUCCUGGUGCACGAAUUGUUAUGGGUGUCACAGGCAUGGGUUACAGUAUGAGGACAGGACACGUGGCCGGAAGCACACUUAUUUGUUGUUCGCAUAUACCGGAAAUGAAUGUGUUGCUUUCACGUGACAGUCUGCUAGAGGUUGGUGCUGCGGUUGAUCUUGCAAGCUUAGAGAGUCAUUUAGAUGGUAUCAUUUCGGCUGAUAAAACAGGUUCGCAAAACACGGGCUUCCAUGCACUUAAGAAGAGUUUGCGGUGGAUUGCUUCAGAUCAAAUCAAGCAUACUGCGACAAUUGGUGGUCAUCUAGCAGUUUGUGACCCACGUUCAGAUCUGUAUCCAGUGUUAAUGUCUUUAGGUGCUAAAGCUAUCAUAGCUACGAAAGACAGUCGGUCAGAAACUUUGAUAGAUGCUAAUUUCAUUGCGGGACCUUGGAAAACCAUCCUUAAGGAAUCGGAUGUUAUCGUGUCUGUGCGAAUUCCUAUGGAAGUGCAAAACAAAACCUUUUACUAUAAGCAGUCAAAGAGGAAAAGUUUUGACUACGCUAUCGCCAAUGCUUGCUUUACCGUCACCUUUGUUGAUGAGUUGGUUACCUCAGCACGUCUUUGUUUUGGCGGGAUUGGACAAACUUUCCAAUUAGCAACAGUUAGUGCUUGCUCACUUGUUGGAAAACGCCUCAUUUCUUCGACGUUUAAACAAGUACAUAAAGAGCUCGGAGAAGAACUGCGACAGAUGCAAAUAGAAAAUGUGAACAAGGUCAAGCUGCAGAUAGCCGAAGGUUUUUUUCGGAAGUUCUGGAACCAAAUAGCUAUUGAUAUUGACGAGACAGAUGCUUUAGACGACAUUCUUGAAUGGGGCACUAGUAGGGGCACACAAGUGUGGGAAGCUCCUUCCAUGACGCAACCGAAACACGAUUCAGUGGGACAACCAAUUCCAAAUAUUUCAGGGCGUUUCCUGGUGACUGGUGAAGCAACUUUUAUUGCAGACAUGCCGAGUUCUCAAAGUGAGAUUUGGGUGGAACUUGUCUGCAGUACAAAAGCACAUGCCAAGAUUGUGUCAGUAAAUUUAACAAAAGCGAGAGAGACCCCUGGUUACAUCGACUAUAUGGACUCGAGUUGGAUACCUGGGACGAACGAAUGGGGAGUUUCAGCUCAAGACGACGUACUGUUUGCAACAUCAGAGGUACACUACUACGGGCAACCAGUGGGUGCAGUAUUAGCGGAGACAGCAGACGCAGCGAGUAGAGCAUCACUCGUUGUGGAAAUCCAUUACGAGGACCUUCCUGCUAUUCUGACUCUGCAGGACGCCAUUGGCAAGGGAUCUGUUUUGCCUUUCAAAUCUAAACCACUGGUAUCUGGAGAUCCUGAGAGGGAAUUUGAUCAGUGUGAUCACAUACGGGAGGGUGUGAUACAAUCCGGAUAUCAGGAACACAUGUACAUGGAACCGAUAGCAGCCAUAGUUGUCCCUCACGAGUCAGAUGAAUUAGAAGUAUUCGUCUCAACCCAGUCUCAAAGAUUUUGUCAAAGGACGAUUUCAAAGUUUUUGAACAUCCCGGCAAACCGUAUAACAGUCAGGACAAGAAGACUGGGCGGUGGAUUCGGGGGAAAGGAGUUCCGAGUGAUGUACGCAUUAGGUCCUGCAGCAGUGGCAGCGUACAGAACGAAACGACCUGCUCGAUGUGUAUUGGACAGAUCCAAGGAUAUCAUGAUAAGUGGAAAACGUCAUCCAAUGCGUGCAGACUACAAAGUAGGGUUCAAUAAUAACGGUCAGCUGAAAGCAGUUCAACUACAAAUUUUCAUUGAUGCUGGAUAUUCGCUAGAUACCACAGCGGGAGUCCUGAGCAAAGCCAUGUUUCACGUCGAUGGUAGCUACAAUAUUCCAAACCUUAAAGUAGAAGGACAUAUCUGCAGGACAAACACACCGUCCAAUACAUCAUUCCGAGGUUUUGGGGCUCCAGAAGGAGCUUUUAUGAUCGAAUCAAUCAUUGCUGAGGUGGCAGAAUCGCUGAAUAUAUCCCCCGAGGAGAUCCGAUCAAUGAAUUUGUACCACGAAGGAGAUACUACCCACUACCGGAAGGUGCUGACAAACUGCAAUCUUGACAGAUGUGUGCAAGAGUGUAAAAUUCAAAGUAACUACGAUGAGAAGAAAAAAGAAAUCAGCCAGUAUAACAAACAACAUAAUUGGAGAAAAAGAGGAAUAGCGCUGAUGCCGUGUAAAGCUGGCAUUUCUGUGCCACUUCGAGAAUACAAUCAAGGUAGUGCCCUAGUGAAUGUGUAUACUGAUGGAUCAGUGUUAAUAUCACACGGGGGUGUUGAGAUGGGCCAAGGUCUACAUACCAAAAUGAUACAAGUUGCUUCGAGAGCCCUUGGUGUGCCUAUAUCCAACAUUCAUAUCUGCGACACUGGGACCAACAUUAUACCGAAUUCGUUAUCGUCAGCAGCAAGCAUUUGUUCAGACAUUUACGGAGAGGCCGUACUGGAUGCUUGCAGUAAAAUCGUGAAAAGACUGAAGCCUAUUAGUGAGAAACAUCCAAACAUAUCCUGGAGCGAUUUGCUUGCUCAAGCCUUUCUUGAACGGAUCAGCCUGUCAGCUACCGGUUACAGUCGGAUAGGUACAAACCACUGGGACUUCGAGAAGGGGGAAGGCGACCCAUUUCACUACUACACAUAUGGGGCCGGAUGUUCCGCAGUAGAGGUUGACUGUUUGACAGGAGAACACAAAGUGCUGAGCACCGAUAUAGUGAUGGAUGUCGGGAAAAGUCUUAACCCUGGAAUAGACAUCGGGCAGAUAGAGGGCGCUUUUGUACAGGGAUACGGGUGGAUGACAACAGAGGAAAUUCGAGUGGAACCAGAUGGACAAUAUAACGUUUCAGGUCCAGUUGAGUACAAGAUCCCAAAUGUCAAAGGUAUUCCGAGAGAGUUCAGAGUCUCACUCUUAAAGGACUGUCCGAAUGAGCGAGCUGUGUAUUCUUCAAAGGGAAUCGGUGAGCCCCCUCUCAUAUUAUCCAUAUCAGUGUAUUUAGCGCUGCGAGACGCCAUCAAUUCUGCCAGAAGUGACGCUGGACUUCCUUUAGUGACCAAACUAGAUAUACCACUUACUGUUGGGGCCAUCCGGAUGUCGUGUCCUUGA